AUGUCUAUCAAGAACAAUAACUGUUUAUCAGCCGAGGGGAACAUUAAAGUCAUUUGUCGUUUUCGUCCGUUAAAUGAUGACGAAAUUGAAAACGGAGCAGAGUCGAUUAUCAAAUUAUCCAACGAAGCAGAAGAAAAUUGCAUUUCGAUUGGUGCCAAGUCUUACUCGUUUGAUAAAGUUCUCCAUUCGGACGCAACGCAAGAUAGAGUAUAUGCUGUGGCAGCUGAGCCUCUAGUCAGUGAUCUGCUCGAUGGUUACAAUGGUACUUUAUUUGCUUACGGUCAGACUUCAUCCGGCAAAACUUAUAGCAUGGAAGGCAUCAUUGGUGAUACUGUAGAGCAAGGCAUCAUUCCUCGUGCAGUUAAUGAAAUUUUUAAUCGCAUUCGCAGCAAGGGAAUCGAAUUUGAAUUUCUUGUCAAGGUUUCCUAUUAUGAAAUCUACAUGGAAAAAAUACAUGACUUGCUUGAUGCGGCCAAAGUUAAUUUGCAAAUUCAUGAAGACCGCAACCGAAAACCGUAUGUUAAAGAUAUAACUGAACGCUGUGUAUCAUCGCCGCAAGACGUAUUCGAUAUUAUUGAAGCCGGAAGAUUAAAUCGCCACAUUUCGGUGACUAACAUGAAUGAAUACUCAUCGCGUUCUCAUUCCGUUUUCACAAUUAAUGUACAUCGAAAGAACUUAAUGGAUCAAAGGCAAUUAUCGGGAACAUUGUAUUUCCUUGACUUGGCCGGUUCGGAAAAAGUAUCGAAAACUGGUGCGGAUGGGAUUGUAUUAAAUGAAGCCAAAAUUAUCAAUAAAUCGCUAUCAGCUUUGGGUAACGUGAUUUCGGCAUUGGCCGAUGAACAGCAAACGCAUAUACCGUAUCGCGAUUCGAAGUUGACACGCAUUCUUCAAGAUUCAUUAGGUGGUAAUGCACGCACCUCCAUAUUGCUUUGUUGCUCUCCCGCCAGUACUAGUGAAUGCGAGACGAAAUCUACCUUCGAGUUUGGGCAUCGAGCCAAGAUCAUUAAAAAUGUCGCUUAUCCUCAUAGAAAAUUUAGCGCAGAAAAAUGGAAAGCAUUAUACAAAACGAACAAAGAGAAAAAUAAUUAUUUCAAGAUCCUAAUCCGGAGACUUCAGGAUGAAUUAAUUCGCUGGAGAAAUGGUGACUUAGUUGGCAUCGAUGAACAAGUGAUCUUUGACGAGUCAAGGGAUCAUCCGAGUUUGGAAAAUAAAAUCAGUCCAACCGAUAACAGUUGCAGUUCAAUUAGCCAUCUUUCCUAUAUGAGUGCUGCGACUUAUCUAGAGGCAGGAGACGAAACGGCAUAUGAUAAGAUUAAACAAUUUGCUGAUCGAAGUCAAUGCUUGGAAAAUCUUAAACAGCAAUUUCUCAAACAGGAAAAUAUAAUCAAAAGGAUGCGAGUUGAAAAUAACACUCUGAAACUAGAGCUUGACUUUGCUAAAGAGGAGGUUAAAGUACUAAUGGAAGCUUUGGAAGAGCUGGCUUUUAAUUAUGAUGAGAAAUGUGCGGACACAUAUACGAAGGAAGAAGACAUUAAAGAGCUUAGCAAAAAGUUACGAUGCAUACAAAAUACGCAAAACACGUGCCUGAUGAAGAUGGAAAAUCUAAAUGAUAUAAAGAAGAAUAUUGAUACAAUGUUUAACCGUUUCUCUAACGGUUUAAUGGAUGUAACCGAAAAUCUGUUUGGAGAGCAUUCUUCUAGUGACACUGGCACGAAGAGUACAACCAGUCAAAGCGAAAUUGCUAAUGAAGGAAAGCGUAAGUAUUGCGGAAGCGACAUUUUAAGCGCAAAGUCACCGCUCGAUCAUGGAUAUGUAUCCUCUUUGCAUCGGUCGGACGAUAGUUUACAAAAUGCAAAUAAUCGACAAGACCUAAAUGUUGAGAGUAGAAGCGAUUUGUUUUAUAAAUUAAAUGCAAAUAUGAAUGCAAUUGAGCAAAUGGUCCGAGAAAAUCUAAGCGACUUAGAAAGAAAAAGUGUCUUCGAAAGCCGAAUGAAAUGUUUAUGCGAUGUUUAUCAAGGCAGGAGCAAGCCGAGCACUUCGAAUUGCAUUGAUAACGAAUUCCUCCAGCUGCAACAAAUUAUGAUCACGAACCAACAAAUACAAAGAACUCGCAAAGAUCUUAAGUAUUUGGAAAAUAGUUUGACUCAACAAUUGCAAGUGUUUUACUCAAAUAUGAAGAAUCGUUUCAAUACUACUACUACUGAUCAAAAGAAAAAACCUGAAGAGAUCUUUAUAGAGCACUUGCAUCAACAUAAUACCUUGCAGUUGAAUGUCACAAUGCAAGGCAUAAAAUAUUUGAAGGAAACGAAUGACAAAAAUGCAUCACCCACAGCGGACUAA